AUGAGCACCACCAGCUUGUCGGCUGUGGCGGAAAGCUACCAGAUGUUCAACCCCAGGGCCUACUUGCAAAACAACUACAUGCCACCUCGCGCCAACUUUGCCAGCGAGGACUUUGUGGUGCCUUGGAAGCUCCGUCGCCUGGCAGAUGCCUUUGCCACAGGGGAAAUCUGUGGGCGUACUCUGAUUGACAUUGGGACAGGCCCCACCAUCUACCAGCUCCUCAGCGCCUGCGAUUUCUUUGAGGAGAUUGUGGCCACGGACUACCUGGAAGUGAACCGGGAUGUGAUCCGCAGUUGGGUACACGGUGAAGAACCUGGUGCCUUUGACUGGUCCCCCUACAUCCAGCAUGUCUGUAAGAUUGAGGGCAAAGGGGAGUCCUGGAAGGAGAAAGAGCAGAAGCUGAAGAAGAAACUGAAGAUCUUCCCCAUCGAUGUCCACCAACCCAACCCGCUGGGUUCUUUGCUCACCCAACCCGCCGAUGCCUUGGUUUCCUCUUUCUGCCUGGAGGCCGUGAGCCCGGAUCGACAGAGCUUCGACAGGGCCCUGCAGAACGUCACCACCCUCCUCAAGCCCAGCGGCCACUUCCUCAUGAUCGGGGCUUUGGAAGAGUCCUUCUACUUGGCCGGAGAAGCCAAGCUGCGGGUGGUGCCGGUACGCGAGGGGGAUGUCCAGGAAGCCUUCACCAAGAGCGGCUACCACAUCCGCAGCUUCCGCUCCUACACCAUGCCGCCGAGCCUGAAGAUUGGUGUGGAUGACGUCCAGGGCAUCUUCUUCAUCCAUGCGCAGAAGUCCACCUGA